AUGAAUUUAAAUGAAGAAAUUAUACAUAAACAAGAAAUACAAUAUCAAAUUGAAGAAGAAAUGAUAUAUCUUAAUGAUUAUGAUAAUGAUUUAAAUAUGCCAAUUAUUAAAAAGAAAUAUUUCAAUAAAAUUGAAGAAGAACAAAAUAUAUUUUUACAAGGCAAAAAUGAGAAAAAAAAUCGAGAAAUUUUUAUUGAUGAAAAUAAGAAAAAUAAACAAAAUUUAAAUGAUAUUCAAAUUCAAUUACAUCAAUUAUUUGAAAAUAAUUUUCAAACAUAUUCUGAUCGAAAACAAUUAAUAUUAAUUGAAAAUGGAAUUGAUUUAAUAUUUUUACGUCUAUUUGAUAAACUUUAUUAA